AUGCCACCUGCUGCAGCGAGACCACCAGCUAGGAAGCGAAACCGCAAGAGAAAAAGAAGAGCUGCAUCUUCGAGCUCCGAGUCCAGUUCAUCGUCAGAUUCAUCCAGCGACGAGGAGGUCUCGCCACCCAAGUCUGCUGUAGUUCCAACACCGACGCCGAAAGCAAAGACUGUAGAAUCUUCUUCUUCUUCUUCGUCCUCGUCGUCCUCGUCUUCCUCAUCCUCAUCUGAGUCAAGUUCUGAAGACGAAGACGAUAAAAGACCCACCGGGAACAGAGGAAGACAAGCUGAAAAGGCCGCAGCGCCUACUCAAGCAACGCCUCGAAGACUUUCUCCAUCGCCCUCGCCUCCCCCAGCUACUCUGCCCUCUUUUCUUCCCUCAGGUGAUGGAGGUGAUCAGGCCGAUGCGCAGGAAAAAGAGAAGCAGCUGAAGGACCGGUUCCGCCAGUUCUGGAUGGCUUCCGUUGCAGAUGGAUUUAGAGACGAUCUUGAAGAAAUCCGCAAGGCAUGUAUUCUCAAAAGACUGUUAACUUCAUUAGGCUGA